AUGACAGACACCUUCUUUUGUUUGGGACCGCUAAAAAGAUGCCAUCUCAGCCAGAUAAGUCGGCUGGAGGAAGAGAAUGCGAGAUUGAAAGCAGCAGUCCGCCGGCAUGCGGCCGCUGGCGACACAACCAGCAACAACGUCCCACCAUCCAAACCUAUCGCGCCCAUGCAGAACCACGACGACCAAGAGCAGCAGCAGGAGUUGGAAAGCCCCGGCAAUGCCGACGUGGUAAUAUCGAAUCCAUUGGUCGAGGAUCGUGCCUGGUUUGUCCAUGAUUCUACCUCGUCGCAAGCCGCCUAUGUCGGGGAGGCAUCAUGCACUGCCUUCGGCACCCGUUUGUACCAGUACCUCGACCGUAACACCUCUCCUUCGCCCAUUCCGCGGGCGCGCCUGGUGGGUGACGAAGUGCUAUCACAGAACAUUUUCACAGAAUACGCGCUUCCCCCACGUGCUCAUGCCGUGUUCCUCAUCCGUGUGGCCAUUCGUCUCGUGGGGCUGGACUAUCACUUGAUGAUGAGGAAGCAAAUCUUGGAACAGCUCAACCAACUCUAUGUCGGUCGGCUCACCAUAGAGCAGGAUCCCCUUCUGGCCUGCCGUCUCUUUACCAUUUUCGCUCUGGGGGAGCUGUACACCAACAAAGCAAAAGAGAGCCAAAAGGUUCAAGGCGCGCCAAACGUGCCUGGUCUGUGGUUCUUUGUCCGUGCCAUGAGUCUCUUUCAAGAGAUUCGUGAGGAAGCCACCGUGUCCUACAUCGAAGCCCUGCUCCUCAUCUCCAUCUACUCUCUAGCCUUGAACAGAGCAAAUUCGGCAUACGUCUACGCUGGAACCGCGCUUCGGUUGAGCCUAACGCUGGGUCUCCAUCACAACGUCCCUCAAAAUCAAAUGUUCAGUCCGAUCGAGCGAGAACGCCGCAUCCGAGUCUGGUGGACGGUCUACAUCUUUGACCGCAUUUGGAGUUCCAAACUAGGCCAUCCCAUCAUGAUACGAGACGACGACAUUGAUGUUGCCAUACCAUCCAUGAAGGGCCUCAGCGCUGCAGAAAUGGCCGAGUUCUCCGAGCCCGAGCACCUUAUCGCCAAUGUGCAUCUAGCGAGGAUCACAGGAGAUAUUAUGAACCAUAUCUACAACAAAAAUUGCCGUCGCCAGGUCUUCGUUCAAAGCGUGCAAAAAAUCUUACGCAGAUUGAGGUCAUGGGCCGAAACCCUCCCCGAGGUAAUUCGGCUGCAGCAGGACCCAACUCGCAGGUACACGGCCAGACAUGUGGCGUCCCUUCAUCUCUGUUUCAAUCAGUGUGUCAUACUUACGACGCGGCCGAUCUUGUUUUACGCCUUGAAAUCAAAGCUCCAUUCCAAUUUCGAGGGACUAAAUGGUGAGCCACCACCACCUAUAUCGACCAUCACCACCGCCCUAGCUGAGGCGUGUGUUCAUGCCGCGCGAAGCUCGAAUCAAAUUCUCGACCAGCUUUGGGUCGAUGGCUCGCUUGCCACAUUCGGGUUUUUUGACGCGCAGUACCUCUUUUCGUCGACCCUGGUCCUGCUCAUUGAAACACUGUUGCGGCCCGACACGUCUGAUUCCGAGGCUGUGAGCACGGCGAUUUAUCUAUUGAAAACCAUCUCAGAGGAGGGCAAUCUACCGGCCUACAGAUAUUACGGCCACCUCAUGCAACUACAGACCACAAUAACCGCCUUUCAGACAAAAAGCUUGCGACAACCGGGAGAAGGUCUCGAUCUGAUGCAGGACGGACUGGAAACAGAUGUAGCAGUCGAGUCUCUCCCGACCGCUUUGCCAGCACCCGUGGGGGACGGCCUGUGUCAGGAUGCCAACGCGACUUCAAACGCACUGAUUACUGGGUCUGCGCUCGACGAUCCCUUCCUCCAAAAUUUUCUCGCUUAUUCGGAUUUACAAUGGCCAGCGACAAUUGAAGGUCUCGGGGCGAUUGGCGGUAGUUCUAUCUCACCUCCACAAUGGGUUUUCGAAUGGGAUACGCAGAACCAAGACCUGUACGGAAGUGAACCACUGACCAGAGACGAUUGA